AGGUAUGGUGGAGAUGUUGCUUGACGCGACGCCGCAGGAGCAGAUCGGGCUGACGGACUCGAGGGAGAACAACGCGCUGCACUACGCGGCGCUCAAGAACAACGCCCGCGUGGUGAGGCUGCUGCUGAACCGGAAGGUGGAGCUGGCCUACAAGCGCAACCGCGACCUGCAGUCGCCGCUGCACGUGGCCGCCUGCAAGGGCUCGACGGAGGCCAUGGUGGAGCUGCUAAGGCAUUGCCCUGACGCGGCGGAGACGGUGGACAGCAACGGCAGGAACGCCUUCCGCUUGGCCAUCAUCAGCGGCAGUGUGGACGCCCUCAAGUGCCUGCUCAAGCACGUCCGCCCCGAGGAGAUCGUCAAUCAUGUCGACCACGCCGGCAACACGCCGCUGCACCUCGCGGCUGCCCUGUCGCGCAUCCAGUCGACGCUGCUCCUGCUCAAGGACCGCCGCGUCAACCCCUGCGUCCUCAACCGGGACGGCCAGUCUGCGCGCAGUCUCCUAGAGAAGCGCGACACCACCGAGGAGAUGGACGCCUACGAGAUGUACAUGUGGAAGAAGCUCAAGGAGUCCGAGGCCUCCAGGUGCAAGAACGAGCUGCUGCCUCCGGUCGCGUCUGACCAGUGGGUGCGCAGACGGAGGGCUGGCAACGACGAGUUCAACGUCGGGACCUACACGCUGGUGGGCACGCUGAUCGCCACCGUCAGCUUCGCCGCCACCUUCACCAUGCCGGGGGGUUACAGCCAGACCGAGGGCACGGCCAUCCACGGCCACAAGGCGGCGUUCAAGAUCUUCCUCAUCUCCAACACCGUCGCCCUCUGCAGCUCCAUCGUCGUCGUCUUCUGUCCAACCAUGUGGGCGUGGCGGGACCCCGUCGAGGUCGAGCUCAAGCUCGAUCAGCUCAUGUGGAGACGCAGGCUCAUGUGGAGCCGCAGGCUCACAAACCUCGCCUUCCUUGCCAUGCUUGUCUCCUUCAUGACCGCCGUCUACAUCACCGUUGAGCCCACCACGAGGUGGCCUGCGUACCUUGUGAUCGCCAUCGUAGCCAGCACUCCCGCCGUCGUGUUCCUCACCCUUGGUAAAGAGACAUUCUACGUCCCACUAUAAUUACUCACUUUUAGGCUUUUAGCAAUGCAAUAUGUAAGCCUGAUUUUUAAAUUUGAUCAAGUUGAU